AAAUCAAAGGCCCAAUGUGUACGUAGUACAUGAGCCUGGAGUCUCGGGAGCACAUCGUCAAUGUUUCUUAUCUCGUCUUCGUUGUAGGUUAACGUGAAUUCUCAAUUUAUUUUCAAGUGUCAAAAUUCUGGACUGAUUUGUCCCCAGUGCACCGCCUCUCUCGUGUUCCAAAUCCUCGUAAAAAAAUAAAAUAUAAACAAUAACAUAGAAAGAUAAUUAGCCCGGAGUAGUAACAAAGAGUAAAAAAAUGUUCUCCGGUUUAACGAAUCAAGUGUCGACUUGGAUGGGAAAAAAGGGCGAGGAAGGUGGAGAGUUGACAGAAGAAAAAAUUGCAUCACCAUCGGGGGAAACGGAGCUGGAUCUCGAAAAAAAAGACAGCAGCCCAACAAAGGGUAGCAAGUUGGAGAUGCUGGCGGGUGUUAAAUCCCAAAUGACUGGCUGGCUGAGUGGUGGAAUACCUGGCCUAAGUGGUCGUACUGGUGGUGAAGAGGGUGGUGAAGUUGGACAAACACCAGCUGAAGCAAAUGAGAGUCAAACAUCGCGGGAAAGCGUACAGGGCUCAUCGCCUGAUAACGUAAAAGACGAUGACGCAAGCAGGUGGGUUGCAGGUGCGACUGGCGGUGCUGACAGCGGUCCAGCUAGCCUCGAGGGUACACCAACAGAGGACAAAGAUGGACAGCAAGCGUUUGGGGCUGUUUCAACGAAAGCAUUAGCUGGUGCCAAGAGCUUCGGUGGCUUCCUGUACAGUGCUGUCAACAAAGCUGGAAAAUCUGUCGUUGAAGCGAGUGUGAAGAUCAAGAAGACCGUCGAGGAAAACAGACUGAUAGCUGAAUUGAACAAGGAGCAAGAAGCCUUUAUCGCUGGAAAGACCAAUGAAAAGGGUGAAGCAGUGGCUCCCUGGGUUGGAGCUCCAAACGAGGAUGCGUUGCGUGAGGAAUGCCUGGCUCUUUCAACCGAUCGCCGUAACUUUGUGAGAGCACCACCACCUGGAGUUGAAUUCGAAUGGGACUUUGAAGCUAUUCAACCAACUGCACAAGCUACACUCGCCUUAGAUCCUAAUCUCGAGACGAUGAGGUUCGAGUUAGUACCAAAAGUUAUCACUGAAGAGAACUUUUGGCGUAAUUACUUCUACCGAGUAUCCCUCCUACGUCAGAGCCAUGAAUUAAACACCUUGGCCAGCCAAGCAGAGAGUAAUCCCAAUCAAAGUUUGACAUCCACCGGUAGCAUCGAUCAUACUCAAGCCCGAGUAGAAAGCACCAAGGAAACCAUUCAAGAUGCUGAGAAAAAAUCAACGAGUAGUGGUGCCCAUGAGUUUGUGUCUGACAGUGUGAGGGCUUCAGAUACUGACAUAGAGGAGGUCAGGGUGGGCAUGGAAAAGCUUGGUAUGAAGCCGAAGAAAGAAGAAGAAUGGGAAGGGGAAUUGGAGGCUGAACUCAAGGAUUUCGAGAUCGUACCAGGGGAUGGAAAAAAUACGUCAUCCAAUGACACUAAGGAAGACUGGGAGCAACAGAUGGAUGUACUACUCAAUGAGGAUGAGGAUCUCAAGUGAAUUAUCACGAUCGAGCAAUCAUUGACUUUUAUUUACAACCAUCGUGCUCAAUUAAUUAAAUGAGUAAUGAUUUACUAUUGAUAAUACAAUCGACGAACUCCAAGAGCAUCAGUCAUUCUUUAUGAUUUUCCUUAUAAUUUUUUUCUCAUAAUGAUAAACUGGAAUUGUUUCGGUAUUUUUGUUUUUUUUUUUAAAGCAAAAUAAACCUGCUCGAUCCUUAAUAUCUCUUAGGAAAACGGUAGGAGUCGGAGAAAUCACGUCUCGUUUUGGAAUCUGAUAAAAAUGCCUUCGACGUGAAAGAGAAUCGAUUGAAUUUCACUCUGCCAAUCUCGAGUUAUUGACGAUUAAAAACAAUAAAACCAUUAAAAAUAGAGAAUCAUUCUAUUUCAGUCUAUCUCAACUCCAGAAGGAACUUCUCCCCAAUCGUAAAAUGAACAUAAAGGAAACAAACAAUGGCUUAAAAAUAAUGAAUAAAUAAUGAGGAUCUUUUAGCAUUUGUCACCUGUCAUUCAUUAUUAUUGAGAAUCGCACAAAAGGAUAAAAGAAGAGAUAUAAAUUUUUGUCACGAGUGCUGCGCCAGUCUCUGUACAGACAAAAGUGAUGAAUUACUAUAGUCAAGAACCCAUAGAUUUAAUGAAUAUAUAUCAUAGUUGAUUGUCGAAUAAACUGGCUUGCGAUAGCAUCGCAGAGAUCUGAAUGUUGAAUCGUUGAUAUGAAUUAUUGGGGAAAUAUUUUGUUAAAAAGAGAGUGCAUUUGCCAUCGAGGAGCACGUCUAUGAUCCAUCCAUUCCAUCGAUUCCUCAUUUUCCAUAAUUUUUUAAUAAUUUGUAAUUUAUUAUUUGAUGAUUGAAAUUGUAGUGAUGCAAGCGCUUGCAAUAUUCCAUUAUAAAAUGACAGCUUUCGCGGAUAAUUAGAGGGAUGGGUUCAAAAGCCUGUGGAGAUGUCUUAGAAAGAGGCCUAAUUGUAAUGAAAAAUAAUAAUGAUAAUAAUGGUAAUAAAACGUGAUGAUUUCAGCGGUAAAUAAUCACACGUUGGCCUCUAAUCGAUUUAAUGACUUAUCAUUGAAACUGUUUUUGUGAUUUUGUUUUCUUAAUGUUUAACAUCUGUUAUCGCUACUCCUUUCGACAUUUUGUGAAUUUGAUUGACGAACAAGAAUAUUAAUGAUUAUAUUAUGAUCAAGUUACAAUUAUAAAUAAUUAGUUUAAUGAGUUAAAGUGGAGACGAGACACAAUGUAUUGAGUCAUAUCGGAGUUACGCUGUUACUUGUAUUAUUCAAAUAAUCUCUCGAUUAUCCUGAUGAGAGGAGAUGAAUACAUAAACAUUUAAAUUAAAUAUGAUGAAUUAAUUAAGAGGAUAUGAAUUAUACAUUCGGUACUUAUGUAUGUAUAUACACACCGUAUAUAAAUAAAUAUAUGUUGUUGAAUCCAUUGAAAGUAUGAUAAUAUAUUGACUAUUU